AUGACUGCCUCUGAUGCUAUGCUCUUUCAAGCCACCUUCGACGAUCUCUGCCUUGAUAUGUCUUCUCAGUCAAUUGGUCAGUCCAGAAGCUCGUUUCCAGUCUCUUGUAAACACAAACCUAGAACUCACUUGGUAGAGUAUCCUAUUUUCCUUUUCAACUUGAGAGUUGCUGCAGCAAACGUUUUCCCAGGUGUUGAGAACAUGGGAGGGAUUCAUAAGGUGAAAACAGCACCAGCCAAUUGCACGGGUGAUGCGUCCACAAAAGCAAUGGAAGUUGAUGAACCAACACCACCAAGCUUUGGUGGCAAAGAGAAGAGCCGUAAACGCCUCCGUGAGUGGGUGUCAAGUUCAACAAACCUUCCCACUUAG